GAGCUCUUUGCAGAGUUUGGGACCUUGAAGAAGGCAGCUGUGCACUAUGACAGGUCUGGCCGCAGCCUAGGGACGGCAGACGUGCAUUUCGAGAGGAAGGCUGAUGCACUGAAGGCCAUGAAGCAGUACAACGGGGUGCCCUUGGACGGCCGCCCCAUGAACAUCCAGCUGGUCACGUCACAGAUCGACACGCAGCGGAGACCAGCACAGAGUGUAAACAGAGGUGGCAUGACCAGGAACCGCGGGGUCUUGGGGGGAUUUGGAGGUGGAGGCAACAGGCGAGGGACUCGUGGCGGGAACAGAGGGAGAGGCAGAGGAGCUGGAAGAACUUCCAAACAGCAGCUCUCUGCAGAAGAACUAGAUGCACAGCUGGAUGCUUACAAUGCCAGGAUGGACACCAGCUAAAGCGGCAGCAGUGGGCCAGGGAAGGACUCCAAUCUUGCUCCACACUCCCGGCAGGGGCUGCGGCUGUGGCUACUACUACCGAGGAUGGGAUUUGUUUUACUUUUACGUUCUGGGAUAGGUUUUAACUCCUGUAAAGGUUUUUUUUAAUUCUCAGCAGACCUGUUUUGUACCGAGUUAUUUUUGGGAUAAAUUUUUCUGGUUGCCUGUUGGGCCAAGGUGGCUUUUUCACCUUUGCCGUAAUAAAAUAGAACCAUGUCUAGA